GCUUUGCUUUGCUUUGGGCGCUCGGUGGGUUUCGGGUGAUAUCUCGAGCACUAUCAACCCCGAGUGUCUUGAGAAUUUUCCCCAGUUUUGUCUCUCUCCGAGUGAUUAGUGCACGUUGCUUUGGUACGGUGCUGAGUGUAGUUCAUUCCAAGGAAGCCUGGUGCGGACUGGCCCAAAUCUAAUGCACAGAUAGGAAUAUCGCCUUUCUUGGGUUCCAGGACUAAUGAUGCAGGAGGGCAAUUACAAUGGAGGAGCCAACACCCUCUCUGCAGCCUCAUCAUCUUCGGUGGGAUUUCCCUACGGUCAUCAUGUCCAUGAUGGGACCUCCUUUGUUCAACCCACACAUUCGUCCGUGGCCAUGUAUAUCGCGGGUCAUGGAUCCACAGCGAAUUUGAGCGAUGGGGUUCGAUCACAUCCAACGUAUGGCAUGUCGUCGCCAGCGAACAAUGUGGAAUCUUCGGAAGCCCCUCCGACGCCUCCCACCACGUCGCCCUCAACUCACCACGCCUCAUCCACGCCCCCAAGUGCCUCUUGGAGCUCGAACACUUUACAACAGAAUGAUUCGUCAGAGUCUUAUCAUCACCGGUUUAGUUACGGAGCGGCUGCCGCCGCCGCCGGAAGCUUUGCCAUGGCCCGUGAAUCGCCUUAUUUAGGGGCACACGGAGCCUCAGCCGUUACGGCUGCCCUCAAUCCUUACGCUGCCUACGCUCAGAACAUGAUGAAUUGGAAUAGCUACACUACCAUGGCCAGCUUUCAAAGUCUGCAGAGAGCCGGAGUGACUUAUGAUCCAUCUAUGGGAGACUAUUUUGGGGAAGGUCGCGAAUGCGUGAAUUGCGGAGCCAUGUCAACCCCUUUAUGGCGGCGAGAUGGCACUGGCCACUAUCUGUGCAAUGCAUGUGGCCUUUAUCAUAGGAUGAAUGGGAUGAACCGACCCCUUGUCAAACCAUCACGGAGAUUGUCCCCGACGUUUCAGUGCUCCAUGUUCCAAGCAUCCUCCAGAAGGAUGGGACUAUGUUGUACAAACUGUGGAACCACUACAACUACGUUAUGGCGACGAAACAAUGACGGAGAGCCCGUGUGCAACGCCUGUGGCCUUUACUUUAAACUACACGGCGUGAACCGUCCUUUGGCCAUGAGAAAGGACGGAAUACAGACGCGAAAGCGAAAGCCGAAGAACCCCAUCAAGUCCGCAUCUAAUAAAGAGGAUUCUAAAGCUGUAACCUUGUUUCCAGAUCGAAAGGCUCUGGAUAAGAUUCCAUCCGAGCAUGAUCGAAGCCUAAACUUCAGCAACUGCAACAACUUCAAAAGUGAUCAGAAAUCGUCCUCCGAGCCGGUUAAAUGUGAACCAUCAGACUCCAUGGGACAAAAUAACGAUCCCACCGGCUCUUCAUCGCUCUAUUCCCAUCCCAGUUCGGCACUGCUUCAAAGUAACAUGAACUUGUCCCACAACAGUGCACUCUCCCACAAAUCGGGUCCUUCGUCAAUGCUUUUCGAUCCCUCGUCAUCCUCGGUUUGUCACUCUGCGUCAUUCAAUCAUAACAUUCCACAUCUACCACCGCUGACACCAGCACCAUCAUCCACCGGGGGCUCUGCGGUUUCGACGGGUUCCACUGCGGCAUCGCUUCACGGCUACUUUAGAGACUCAUAUCCGUACGGCUCGAGUGCAGCCACGGCCGCUGCGGCAGCAGCAGUCGUUGGAACCAGUCUGAACCCUUACCAUACUUCUGAGCAUUCCAUUACUUCCAAGCUCCAUCUUCCGUCAAGUUGAGACAGAUUAAAUGUCUCUGGCCAGUAUCUUAACGCAUAUCCGUGCAAACAAACAAUUUAGGUGAAAAAUAAAACCUCCUCGAGGAAA